UACAUCAUACAUACAUAUAUGUAUAUACGUAUGUUUGUGUAUCUGUAGGCAUAUUAGUACAUAAGUGUGUAGUUUGGAUAUGAAGUCUUGUGACGAAAUCUUAAUCAGCGAUAUCAUAAACAGCGACUGAUUGUGCAAUGAUAGAGCAUUAUUGAAACCGCAAAACUACCACCUAAUCUAAUAUGACUCGGACUGAUCCAUUUAUACUGCGUGCGCAAAACAAAUCAAUGAACAUUUUUUCCCUAGACUGGUACAACCUAAAUUUAUGUUUCACAGUCUUUUGGGGAGUCUACUUUAUGACGAACAUAAGUAUUUGACAGAUACAAAACAUUAAGUAAGAAUCGUGAAGUUAUAGAAAACUUGUCUCAAGUGAGUAUUCCUUACACCUCUGUUAAUGACGAUAACAUCAGAAAAGUUAUAGAAACAGUGAUUAAAAAUCGACGUGUUAGCAGAUAGCAGUUGAUUUCAACAUCUCUCAUGGAGAUUUUGUUUAAUGUUAUGUCACGCUUCAUGACAAUACAAGACUCUUAACAAAAGAUCUGAAUAUUUUGUAAAAACGACGUCGAGCAGAUAACGCAAAGAGAUGCUUGACAAUGUAGCUGAGGACUCUACAUUUAUCAAACAAUUUAUUACUGCUGACAAGAUGCAGAUUUCUGAAUAUGACGUCAAACUAUGCAACAAUCCAGCGAAUGGCACUCUAAAAAUGAACCAAAAUCGAAAUAACCAAAAUUCAAUGAAGGCACUGAAGGCCUUCCCAGACGAGGCUUAGAAGAAAUGUAGGGAAAAUUGGAUUAAGGGUUGAUUUGCUUGUAUUGGCUCAAAAGAAGCAUAUUUUAAAUAAAGAUUUGUAUUAAAAUAUUGUGAAAUAAAUUUUUUUGUCAGUCCGGAUUAAAGGAUUAGGAUUAAAAAUUAAAUGUUUACAAAUUAAUAUUCAAAAAAUGUAAAUUUUUCUUUUAUUUUUCAAUACCGGAUUGAUGCGUGGUUAAUUUUUUUUUCAAAUCCCGUUUUUGGGAAUAAAAAAUAAAAAAAUAAAUUAAUUUUUCAUUCAUUUUUAAUGCAUUAUUUGCAACAUAUGUAAUAUUGUGCAAUAUUGAACAAACGAGACAGAAUUGAUGGAGAAGCCAUAUAAAUGUUUCGUAUGUACUUGUAGUUGCAAUAAGAUUCGUUGUAAUAACAAUUAAUGCAAUAAGAAUUAAUUAAAUCAAUAACAAUUAAUUAUUAAAAUGCUCACUGAUAAAACUAAUAACUUCCAAUAAAUUUUUUUUAAUAUUUUCAUAAAGAAUCGCUCUACAAAUUCAAGCGGUCAUUACUAUUUGCUGAUUCAAACUAUUUUGGACAGCUUUUGUUUACAUUACCUGCAUACAACUAUACUUAUGUAUAUUCUUAUAUACUUAUAUAUAUACAUAUAUAUUUUUUCCCACAGCGUCUAGGUGGAAGUUUGCGCCUCACUUAAGUAUAUACAACGAAAUAAAAGCUUUCGAAUGCCAAGUUCAAUGUCUCUCACACAUGUGCUUUACCUCUCUCAAUUGUAUGUUGUUUUUAUACACAUAUACUUGUAUAUAUGUAUGUAUGUACAUAUGUAUAUGUACAUACAUAUAAUAUUGUACAUAUUCGCAAGUGUUUCUAACCACAAGUACAUUUCCCGAAACAAAUUAAGUUUCGCUUUCCCCCGGCUGUAAGUUGGCGCGUGUUGAAUUUAAUAUACAAAUGGUUAACUUAUAUAAGUGGUUAAUUUGAAGUGGGGUAUAUUAUAAUAAUCGGUGUAAAUUUGUAUAAUAUCGUAAUUUAUGGUAAAAAUGGUCGCAACAUUUACCCUUACGUUCCUAAAAUCACAAUGGCGCGCUUUUGCGAAUGCACAUCCAUUGGCAAGAGGUGUCAUUUCUUAUGCCGUAAUAUGGCCCACAAGCAGUCUCAUACAACAAACAAUUGAGGGUAGAGAUCUCAAAACCUACGAUUGGAUGCGUUGUUUGCGUUAUGGUGUGUUCGGUGCGCUAUAUGUGGCGCCUACAUUAUAUGGUUGGGUGCGUCUAAGCUCUGUUAUGUGGCCACAAAUGAAUUUACGAGUUGGCAUUACAAAAGCUGCUGUCGAACAGAUCUCAUAUGGCCCAUUCGCUGGUACUAGCUUCUUCUUUAUUAUGAGCUUAUUGGAAGGACGUAGCGUCGAAGAAGCUGUGCAGGAGGUCAAAGAUAAAUUCCCAAAAGCAUUCGAGGUUGGCAUUUGCAUCUGGCCUGUUAUUCAGACAAUAAAUUUCUCGAUGGUACCUGAACAACAUCGUGUCGUUUUUGUUAGUAUCUGCAGUUUAGCUUGGACAACAUUUCUAGCUUAUAUGCAUACAAAAAAUGUAGAUGAAGAUGAAACAGAAAGACCCAUCAACGAGCAGAAGCUUUCACAGCAACCACCGUUGACACAAACAAUGUCGGCAACAACUAAUGAGAGCUUAGUGUUAAAAGUCAAACGUGCAUUUGCGCUUUAAUUACAUUUUAUGUAUGUAUGCGUUAUAUGCAUAUCUGCAAAGGGAAUAGAAAAACCAAUAUGUGAUUAAAAACUAGUUCAAUUGAUAUUAUUGUAUAAUAUUGAAAAAAUAUGUUGUUAGCUAAUUUUAUGCGUACUAUAAGUAUUACGAUGCCGACACCCAUUUAGACGAAUUUAAAUGCAUUGUACAAAUAAAUAAAUAAAUAAACGUGCAUUUAUUUUGAAGAUCAUAA